GCAGGCAGUCUGCGAGGAUGCUGGGGGGACCAGUGCAAUGCUCCACAGCUUACUAGCAAGAGAGGAUGUGGAUCAGGAAGCUGCAGCACGUUGACACACACACAGGCUCACGCUUGCUUGCUGAGCAGCCAACACAAGAAGCUCGAGCACAUGCUGGGAGAUCUGACUUGCAAGAGGAAAGGAGGAGGAAGAGAAGCCGGCAACUCUCCCUCUCUCUCUCUCUGCCUUCCUGCAUGGCUCUCCUUUCUGAUGGAGCACCGGGCAUCAUAAUCUGGUCACGGCAGAACUGAAGAACCCUGAAGCUUUAAAGAAGAGUGUCCCUCUCUUCCCCACCUCCUUUUUUGCCUUCGUCUUGCCAGCUUCAGUAAGGGGCUCCUCUGUCAAGAUGUGAGCAGCAUCUGAGCUCAGCUACUUACGGGUCCAAAGACAGCCCGCGCAGCAGAGAAGUGCUCUCCUGGGUUGCAUUGCCAAGUCGAAUAGCUCUAAGGGUGGCUGGCUGGGGAGAAGCUGACCUAGCAACAUCCUAUGCUUUAGGGAGGAUGAGGUGGGGAGAAGGACCCUGACUUCCUCCUCCUCCUCCUCUUCCCAAAGACAUCUUCAACUGGAGGAGCCAUGUCACCUGUGGACUGGAGACCAGGGCCCAUGAGCCGGUGGAGAUGCUCUCUUCUGCUAUGCAGAUGGAAAGGCUCCACCACCAGAGCUUCUGAACUGAACUGAUUAAUCUCCCCAGCUGGUUGGCUAGCUGGCUGCGGGGAGGGAGCAGGGGCUCUCUAUUCAUGCAGGGAGUGGGCACAGUUUCCUAUUUCCCCCCCUUCACUUCUUGCUCUCCUCCAUACUUGAAGGAAACCAGAAGGGCAAUAAUCACAAUGCAUCCGUGUGCAACUGAAGAGUUAAUCUGAGAGAUGUGAAUGUGUGUGUGUCUGGGGAAUAUCCUGGAUUUGGUUUUUAUUUUUACUGGAUAUACCGGAUAGCUCAUCACUAAUGUCAAUGCUCGGCCAGUCUUGGAGGAAAAGAGAGGACCCAAGAAUCUGCUUGUGACGUCCAAAGGCAUAGAAAGAAGCGAGAACGGGAGUCCGGUUGGAGGAUAAUGGUUCUACAGGGUUUGAAAGCAGCUGCCUUGCUAGGAGUAGUGUGGAAUUCUCUGUGCUUCCAGCAUCUCGCGGAUGCCCCCUUUUUAUGCUUAAAACCAGAUUUGUCAUUUUAAGGAGCUUCCUGAGAUUCCCAGCAAAGAAACCUGCAAAGUUUGGUCAUGGCUGGGAGCCCUGCAUAACCCCGCUAAGCCCACCUGGUGGAUAUAGAUGGCAGCGGUGCCAGAGCUCUCCUGCCCCAUGGGGGAACCCUCUGUGGGAGAAGUGUGGAGAAAACAUUGAGGACCAACACCAAGACAUUGCCUCCAGGAUCUCCAGGGAAUUCUCCAAAGGGACAGUGAUGAACUAGCUGGGCGGCGAUGCCUUCUCUGCUGGGACAGCAACCAUGGCAUAGACUGGCAUGGACUAUUAACUCCUUUCUGCACUUUAUCUAGACCCUGGCAUUUCAGAGCUGGCAGAGUGGAGUGCAAACACUAAAGCCUUAACCCCUUAGGUUGGCUGUUCAUGGCAGUCCUUUCCAACCAGCCUUGCAGUCAGAUGGUCAUUUCAGUUCUUUUGUAUCCAAUUCUUUUUGGGACAGAUGGGUGUUUGUUGGAUUUUUUCUUUAUUUGAUCCCACCCCAACUGCCGCAGCUUAAUUGCCCCAAUCCAGCUAGGGCGGGGAGAUCCAAAGGUGGCAGAAGGUGAGCGUGUGGCUGGGGCUUUCUGGGGCAGGGGUGGGUGGGCGUUAAGAUGUGGAGAUCUCCCCAGCCGAGAGGGGCUCCGUGGAGGCACAGUCUGGCUGGGCAAAAGCAGGAUGCACAACGCAGCUCUGCCCCAGCUUCCCGGCACCCUGUGAAGGAUGAACUCCCGGGGCUUGCAGGAUAGGCAGCCCACUGACAACGCUACCGACGGCAGUAACACCAGCGAGAGGGAGCGCAUCAGGGGGCGCAUGAAAAUGGUGAUCGGGCAGCUUGAAGGUAUCCUGCAGGAACUCAAGGAGGUAGCCAAGGAACUCCGUGAAGUGGUGAGCCAGAUUGACAAGUUGACUUCAGACUUUGAGUUUGAUCUGGAGCCGGACGAUUGGACAACAGCCACUGUCAGCAGCACAUCCAGCAGCGAGAAAGGAGGUGGAAUGUUUGACCUUGGGCACCUAGACUUCAUGACCUCAGAUAUCCUCUCUGAUAGCUGGGAGUUCUGCUCCUUCCUAGAAGCCUCCACGCCAUCAGAUUCUGGCGAUGGCUCGGAGCAGCAGCAAGGGCGUCAGCCUGACUACCGACUCAUGAAUGGUGGGGUGCUGAUUCCUAACGGACCCCGGGUAGAAACCCCAGACUCUUCCAGCGAGGAGGCCUUCAGCUCUGCCCUGAGCCACAAAGCCCAGCACCAGAGGACAUCGGGUACCAGGGAGCGGGUGCGAUUCAGUGACAAAGUCCUCUACCACGCUUUGUGCUGUGAUGAUGAUGAAGAAGCGGACAAUGCCCCACCUCCUGAGGAUCCUCCCGAGGAGCCCAGCGAGACGACGCACAAGGUGGCAGCUGUCACCAAGGCAAUGCCACGGUGGUCACCUAAUCUGAGUAGCGCUCAGCAACGAAAGCUGACACGGAACAGCAGUACCCAGACAGUCUCAGACAAAAGCACUCAGACAGUGCUGCCCUACAUCUCGGGCAAACAGAAAGUCAAAAGCAAGAACUGAGGACCAGCUGGGUGGG